AUGCCUCUGCAGAUCCCCCAUCCGACUGCUCCUCUCCAUCUCUAUCGACAACUCCUCCGAGAAGCUUCGUACCUUCCUCCUCUCUGCCGCCCGUGGAUAGCUUCGCGCAUCCAGACACGCUUCCGCGAUUGUCGUUCCAAGGAGGACCCGAAACCCUAUGUCCAACAAGCACACCACAGCCUACGGUACCUCCGAUCUGCGAAUGGCGGCCAUCUAGAGCGCUUGUUGCACUUGUGCUACCUCGCCACCGGGAGAGUGGGCAAGCGAAGGCGCCGCUUGUCUGCUGCCUACCUGAGCCAACGACCCGCCAACGACACGGCCGGACUGGAGGACGAGGUCAAGUCUCUACAAGACGAUAAUACAUUGAGCGCCGACAGAGCCCCCGACUGGCUCGAUAACUGGGCUGUCGACAAGAUUUUUGCUAUCGCCUCAAGCCAAGUCGAGCGGCAAAGCAAAGACUGGCCUCAUCUCAUGCGUCGUCAGUUGCGGCCCAAGGACGUCAUCCCGACAGAGAAUUCUUUCGGUCGACCGCUACACAAGGGCCUGGCCAGGAACAAACUCAAGAGACAUUGGGCGAGCGUCCUUCGACAAUUGCUGCCACCUUUGCCCAGCGGAGAAUGGGAACGUUUGCGUGCGCUGACACGGGGCGAGGCUGGCGCCGACGAGCUGAGAUCGCCUGUUAGACGACCGGUUGCGCAAUCCACCUCAGACCUAACAAACCCCAUACAAUGGGACUGGGCCAAAUACGUCACGAGACCUGCGCGGGCCAACGAGAGGGGCAACUCUCGCAAGAUGAAGAGCUUGACGGCGGAGGAAGGCGAAGACCCUCGCGGUCCCGCGCGUCCCAUUGGUGUCCGGGUCCUAGGUCCUCGAAAACUGAAGCGCGGUUUAUAUGGUCGCGUGUGGGACGCAUCCCCCAUCAUCGAGCGAAAUUCCCGGAACGGGAAGUGGUUGGUGACCUGGGGCAACAAUGAUCCCAAGCUAUCCCCUCCCUCCACUCGAGACCUUGUCUUUUUCCAGGACGUUGGGAAGGCGGGAAGGGGGCUACAGCCAGCAACUCGGAAACGUGGAAGAUGA